AUGGAAAAGGGAAAAACUUCAGACUCCUCUUCAUCCACUCAGCCACACGUUGAUCGUGAUGAAAUACAAUUCGGACUCGAUCAUUUGGCUGGAACUUUAUAUACUAAAUUGGACAAGGAACAGAAUACCUUCUUGAUUCAAGUCAAAGAGGCAGCAACGGGAAGAACGUGGAAGAGAGUUAUUGGUUCCGAAGAUGCUUUGGAAAUCAGUAAACAAGGAACCAAGUUGAGCGUUGAAGCUAUUGCUCAAAUGGUCAUGAGUGCUUUUAAAGGAGAAGAAAAGAAUUUAUCGCUUGAACUCUUGUUUUGUACUGAAUGUUAUCCAUUGAGCACCCCUUCUUCCGAGAUGAAAAAUCUCACUCCAACUUUGAACGAAAUUCAAUCAGAAAAGUGUGCACUCGUGGUUGAAAUAUCACUCAAAGCUGUGUUCUUAACUGUUAAAGUUGCCUUCACAUUAGAGGAAGUUGAACGAAGCGAGCAGGUGAUGAUUGAAGAUUUAAUGCGAAAAAACUUUUAUUUCAGUCAAAUGAUUGAGAGAUUGGAACUCAAAAACACGCUACUUGAGCACAAAUAUUUACUUCAAAGCAAACAGAUCAGUGAUUUGGAAAAUAGGCUUACUGAACUCACUCAAUUGUUCAUUCAAACAUUGCAAUUGCAAAAAUUGAGAAACAUGGAAACUUUACUCGAACAACAACCAUCACAAGAGGCAUAUGAAGAGACCGUUGAAGAGGUGGAUCAGUUUUCUGAGGCAUGCAACCCUAAUUGCGUCAUUUCCGAAGAUAAAAAAAGAGUUCAUGCUAAGGAAAACGCCUGGGGAACCACUUGUAGGCUAAGCAAUCACGUAUCUGUCCACAACAAUUAUGUAGAAUUUGUAAUUGAGAAAUUUAUGGAGGAAUGUGUCUUAUUCUUUGGUAUCAUCACUUCCGAGUACGACAAGCAACUUUGCACUGAGAACAACGUUAUUGGAUCGAGUCAAUACAGCAAUUCCUUUGCUCUCUCCUUGACAGAUAAAAAGUUCUACUGCAAUGGUAGAAGCGUAUCAGAGGCAUUUGUUCAAGAACCUACCGAGUGGAAAGUUGGUGACAAGAUUGGUAUGCUUGUUGACUUUAAGCAAGCCUCACUCAAUUACUUUUUGAAUGGUAAACUCAUUGCUCAAACGUUCAAGGGACAAGUAGAUGAAAACAAGAGAUGGUACUUUUGUGUUAGCUUGUGUAAAGCUGGCGAUUGUGUUUCCAUUGCACCUAAGGAUGAAUAA